GUCCCCGCCAGGGUAGGCUACCCGCAUUUGCCUCCUAGCCUCGGCGCAUUGACCCCAUGGAUGCCCUGUGCGGCUCCAAGUUCUGGGACGCCAAUCUGUCUGUGCACACCGACAACCCGGACCUCACUCCCUGUUUCCAGAACUCCCUGCUGGCCUGGGUCCCCUGCAUCUACCUGUGGGCCGUCCUGCCCUGCUACCUCUUCUACCUGCGACAGUGCCACCGAGGCUACAUCAUCCUCUCCCACCUCUCCAGGCUCAAGACGGCCUUGGGCGUCCUGCUGUGGUGCGUCUCCUGGGCUGACCUCUUCUACACCUUCCAUGGCCUCAUCCAUGGCCAGAACUCCGCCCCCGUCUUCUUUGUCACCCCAUUGCUGGUGGGGGUCACCAUGCUGCUGGCCACUCUGCUGAUCCAGUACGAGCGGCUGCAGGGGGUACAAUCCUCAGGAGUCCUCAUCAUCUUCUGGUUCCUGUGUGUGGUCUGUGCCAUCGUCCCCUUCCGCUCCAAGAUCCUUUCGGCUGUGGCAAAGGGCAAGAUCUCAGACCUCUUCCGCUUCACCACCUUCUACAUCUACUUCGCCCUAGUCCUCUUUGCUCUCAUCCUGUCCUGCUUCAGGGAGAAGCCGCCAUUUUUCUCCCCAAAGAAUGUCGACCCUAACCCCUCCCCAGAGGUCAGCGCCAGCUUCCUCUCCCGCCUGUCUUUCUGGUGGUUCACGAAGAUGGCCAUCCUUGGCUACCGGCGCCCCCUGGAGGAGCAGGACCUCUGGUCCCUGAAAGAGGAGGACCGCUCGAAGAUGGUGGUGGACAGGCUGAUGGAGGAAUGGAAGAAGCAACAGAAGCGAGCAGAGCGACACAAGGCUGCAGUGGCAUCUGGGAAGAGAGUGUCCAGUGAGGAUGUAGGGCUGCUGGGGGGCCGGCCCAGGCCCCGGGAGCCAUCCUUCCUGCGAGCCGUGCUGGCCACCUAUGGUUCCAGCAUCUUUGUGAGCAUAUGCUUCAAGCUGAUCCAGGACCUGCUCUCCUUCGUCAAUCCACAGCUCCUCAGCAUCCUGAUCAGGUUUAUUUCAAACCCCGUGGCCCCCACCUGGUGGGGUUUCCUGUUGGCCGGGCUGAUGUUUGUGUCCUCCCUGAUGCAAACUCUGUUCUUACACCAGUAUUUCCAGUGUGUGUUUGAGAUGGCAUUGAGGCUUCGUACGGCAAUCAUAGGUGUCAUCUAUAGGAAGGCUCUGGUCAUCACCAGUGCAGCCAAGCGUGAGUCCACGGUGGGAGAGAUCGUCAACCUCAUGUCCGUGGAUGCCCAGCGCUUCGUGGACCUUGCUCCUUUCCUCAACCUGCUGUGGUCAGCACCCUUGCAGAUCAUCCUGGCAAUCUACUUCUUGUGGCAGACCCUGGGUCCUUCCAUCUUGGCUGGGGUGGCUUUCAUGGUCUUGUUGAUCCCACUCAAUGGAGCUGUGGCCAUGAAGAUGCGAGCUUUACAGGUAGAGCAAAUGAAGUUCAAGGACUCACGCAUCAAGCUGAUGAGUGAGAUCCUGGGUGGCAUCAAGGUGCUGAAACUAUAUGCCUGGGAACCCAUUUUCUUGGAGAAGGUGGAGGGCAUCCGAGAGGGUGAGCUCCGGAUACUACGCCAGUCUGCCUACCUCCAAGCCAUAGCCACCUUCACCUGGAUCUGUACCCCUUUCCUGGUGACCCUGACAACCCUUGGAGUAUUUGUGUCCUUGGACAAGAACAACGUGCUAGAUGCCGAGAAGGCCUUUGUGUCUGUGUCCCUGUUUAAUAUUUUAAAGAUACCCCUCAACAUGCUGCCUCAGCUAAUCAGCAGCUUGAUCCAGACCAGUGUGUCUCUGAAACGGAUCCAGCACUUCCUGAGCCAAGAUGAACUCGACCCCCACUGUGUGGAAAGAAAGAUCAUCGCCCCAGGCUAUGCUGUCACCGUACACAAUGGCACCUUCACCUGGGCCCAGGAUCUGCCCCCCACCCUGCAUAGCCUAGACAUCCAGGUGCCAAAAGGGGCACUGGUGGCCGUGGUGGGGCCUGUGGGCUGUGGGAAGUCCUCCCUGGUGUCUGCCCUGCUGGGAGAGAUGGAGAAACUGGAAGGCACGGUGUGUGUGAAGGGCUCUGUGGCCUACGUGCCCCAGCAAGCAUGGAUCCAGAAUUGCACUCUUCAGGAAAACAUCCUGUUUGGCCGAGCCCUGGACCCCAGCCGGUACCAAAGGGCUCUGGAAGCCUGUGCCUUGCUAGCUGACCUGGAGGUGCUGCCUGGCGGGGACCAGACAGAGAUUGGAGAGAAGGGCAUUAACCUAUCUGGGGGCCAGCGACAGCGGGUGAGUCUGGCCCGAGCUGUUUACAGUGAAGCUGACCUUUUUUUGUUGGAUGACCCACUGUCAGCUGUGGAUUCCCAUGUGGCCAAGCAUAUCUUUGACCAAGUCAUAGGGCCCGAAGGUGUGCUGGCAGGCAAGACACGGGUGCUGGUGACACACAGCAUCAGCUUCCUGCCCCAGAUGGACCUCAUCAUUGUGCUGGCUGACGGGCAGGUGUCUGAGGUGGGCCCCUACCCGGCCCUGCUGCAGCGCAGUGGCUCCUUUGCCAACUUCCUCUGCAACUAUGCCCCUGAUAAGGACAAGGAGAACCUGCAGGAGAGCAGCAAGACCGUCUUGGAGGACACAGACGAUGAGGAGGUGCUGCUGAUUGAGGACACGCUGAGCAAUCACACAGACCUGACAGAUAACGAGCCAGUCAUGUAUGAGGUCCGGAAGCAGUUUAUGAGACAGCUGAGUGUCAUGUCCUCGGAAGGCGAGGGCCAGGCCCGGCCUGUGCUCCGGAGACGCCCAGGUUCAGCAGAGAAGGUAGUGCAGGCAGCAGAGAUGAAGGCGAGUGGGACACUGAUCCAGGAGGAGAAGGCGGAGAUAGGCACUGUGAAGCUGAGCGUGUUCUGGGAUUAUGCCAAGGCCAUGGGAUUCUAUACCAUAGUGGCCGUCUGUCUUCUGUACUCGGGUCAAAGUGCGGCUGCCAUUGGGGCCAACGUGUGGCUCAGUGCCUGGACCAAUGAGGCUACGGUGGAGAGACCACAGAAUAACACCUCCACGAGGCUGGGUGUCUAUGCUGCCUUGGGAAUUCUGCAAGGGGUCCUGGUGAUGGUGUCAGCCAUAACACUGACGGUGGGGAGUGUCCAGGCUGCACGCUCGCUUCACCAGGCGCUGCUGCACAACAAAAUGCGCUCGCCACAGUCCUUCUUCGAUACGACGCCCUCAGGCCGUAUCCUCAACCGCUUCUCCAAGGACAUCUACGUCAUCGAUGAGGUUCUGGCCCCCACCAUCCUCAUGCUGCUGAACUCCUUCUACAACUCCAUCUCUGCCCUCGUGGUGGUCGUGGUUAGCACGCCGCUCUUCGCUGUGGUCACCCUGCCUCUGGCUGUCUUCUACAUCGUUGUGCAGCGUUUCUAUGUGGCUACAUCGCGGCAACUGAAGAGGCUGGAAUCGAUCAGCCGCUCGCCCAUUUACUCCCACUUUUCAGAGACGGUGACUGGCUCCAGCGUCAUUCGGGCCUAUGGCCGCAGCCAGGACUUCAACGCCAUCAGUGAUGCUAAGGUGGACACCAACCUGAGGAGCUCCUACCCCUUCAUUGCCUCCAACAGGUGGCUGGGGGUCCGAGUGGAGUUCGUGGGGAACUGUGUUGUGUUCUUUGCUGCACUCUUUGCUGUGAUUGGCAGAAACAGCCUGAGUCCAGGGCUGGUGGGCCUUUCUGUGUCCUAUGCCCUACAGAUAACAUUGACUCUAACUUGGAUGAUCCGAAUGAUGUCAGACUUGGAGUCUAAUAUUGUGGCCGUGGAGAGAGUCAAGGAGUACUCCAAAACCGAGACCGAGGCCCCCUGGGUGGUGGAGGGCAGCCGUCCUCCCACAGGCUGGCCGCUGCAGGGCGACGUGGAGUUCCGGAACUACUCUGUGCGCUACCGGCCGGGCCUGGAGCUGGUGCUCAAGAACUUGAGUCUGCGCGUGCGCGGCGGCGAGAAGGUGGGGAUUGUGGGCCGCACUGGGGCAGGCAAGUCGUCCAUGACCCUCUGCCUCUUCCGCAUCCUGGAGGCCGCGGAAGGUGAAAUCCGCAUCGAUGGCCUCAACGUGGCAGACAUCGGGCUCCACGACCUGCGCUCUCAGCUGACCAUCAUACCCCAGGACCCCAUCCUGUUCUCUGCGUCCCUACGUGUGAACCUGGACCCCUUUGAAUAUCACUCGGAGGAAGACCUAUGGCGAGCCUUGGAGCUCUCCCACCUGCACGCCUUUGUGAGCUCGCAGCCGGAGGGCCUGGACUUCCAGUGCUCUGAGGGAGGGGAGAAUCUCAGCGUGGGCCAGCGCCAGCUCGUGUGCCUGGCCCGAGCCCUGCUCCGCAAGAGCCGCAUCCUGGUUCUAGACGAGGCCACGGCUGCCAUCGACCUGGAGACUGACAACUUCAUCCAGGCCACCAUCCGCACCCAGUUUGAGGGCUGCACGGUGCUGACCAUUGCACAUCGGCUCAACACCAUCAUGGACUAUACCAGGGUCCUUGUCCUAGACAAAGGGACGGUAGCUGAAUUCGAUUCUCCAACCAACCUCAUUGCAGCCAGAGGCAUCUUCUACGGGAUGGCCAGAGACGCCGGACUUGCUUAAAACAUACUCCUGGGACUUCCUCCUGGCCAUUCCCGGUUUUCAUCAGGAGAGAAAAAGACACCAAGUAUGUCUGCAGGCUGGACUUGACGACAAACACUGGUGGCAUUGGCUAGAUUGUCCCCCUGGAAAGUGCCUCCCGGAAUAAUUGUGCUAAAUGCUCUAGAUGAGGAAGUGAGGCCCAGGAGGUGAACGACAGGCCCGAGGUCACGGCUAGUUUGAGGCAGAGCCCAGACUGGUGCGCGGGUCUCCUGAUUCCCAGCCUGGUAUUAUUGACACGCUGUGCUGUUUUCAGUCAUUUCAUGGAAUGACCUUUCUGCUCUGUAUGACUUUUCAUAUUUUCUACUCAGAAGGAUUUUUUUUUUUUUAAGUCAAGCUUUUUCCUCCUGGAACAGCAGACUGCCGGGUCAGGCCGUCCUUAUGAACUGAGUCCUGUACUCUGGGGUGCUGGCCUGAAUCCAUUAAAACUGGAGCACUGGUGAAAUAAAGCUACAUGGUCAACAAUA